CUGGUGCGGGCAAGACAUUUCUCUCGUAAGUCACCUCUCUAAGAACGCAAACAAGGGAUUGACUCACGCGGACAAAGAUCCACCAUCAUAGAUUCUUUGCAGAAGACGUUCACCUCAACGGACGUUGCUACCGUGUUCAUAUAUUGCCAAGAAGAGAAGGCAAAGGAGCAGACCUCGCUUGAGAUUUUGCGCAACAUUCUGGCACAGCUCGUAUAUCGCAAAAGAAGCCUCUCCUACGCUACCUCGUCCUUAUAUCAUUCUGAAUCCCUGGCCCACGGAAGAGCUUCACCCAAAGCAUACCAAAAUGCUAUUCGGGCGGAGGUCAAUCGAUUCUCCAAGGUUUUCUUUGUCAUCGAUGGCCUUGAUAUGGUUUCCGACAAGGAGCGCGUCCUCAGCCGCCUGCAGAAGCUACCGGAUCAUGCACAGCUUCUGGUUACCGUUCGUGAAGUGACACAAGUCGGAAAUGCAUCUUACAUCAGUGUUCUGGGAGCUUCACAAGAUCUUCAGAUGUACGCUAUCUCUCGAAUACGGGGUGAUCCGGGUCUGAGGACAUUGUUCGAGAAAGAAUCAGACACCCCAUUACACGAAGAGGUUAUAGAUGCUAUAGUGGAUAAGUGCCAUGGCGUGUGAGUACCAAUCUUCUGGCCAAGAGCAUCUAUCUCGCUCUUCACUCAAGCUGACAUAAUGCGUCAGUUUUCUACUGGCAAAGAUACACCUGGAUCUUAUAUCCCGAUAUACGGACAAAAGUCUUAGAGAGCGAGCCCUGGUCCAUCUA